AGAGUCGGCCGCAGGCCGUCUGCUCCCCCCCCCGUUCCGCCGCCUCCGCCGGGCCGGGUCGGGCGGGUUGAUCCUCAUCCUGGCUUCGUCUUGCCGAGAGAGCCUGCGAUGAGCCUGCCGCCAGGCGCGUCUCGCUCGGCCGCGGCGCCCGAAGCAGCCGCUGCGGCGGCGGGCGAGGGCGCCGCGACGGAACGCCCUGGCGCGGCGUCGCCUUCGCGGCUCCUCUGUGAUGCGCUCGGCGGCGCCGCCUUCGCGGCUUCGCCCCGGGAGGAGGAAGAGGCGGAGGAGGAGGAGGAGGAGGUGCCGUGCGGGGGCGCGUCCGGGCCAGCCAAUGGCGCGCCGCUGGCGUCGCCAGCCGUCGCGCUGUCGCCGGGAGGCGCUUCGCCUGCGCCUUCGGCCACGGCGAGCCCCAGCGCACCGGACCCCGCGGCUGCGCCGCAGCACGCGAACCGCACGCUGCGGAGAGCCCCUCGCAGAGGCCCGCGGAGGGCUCCGCACCCCAUCGCGGGCGGUUCUGGCGGCGCCUCCUCGCGCGGGGCUGCGGCGCUCGGGGGCGGAGGCGGCUCGGGCGAGGCGGCCAGGAGGCUCGGAGCCGCGGCCGCAGGGCCGGCGGUGGCACGCUCGCGCUCGCCGAGGCGUUCUCCUCCUGGCCCCGCGGCGCCAGGCGCAGUCGACGGUGAGGAUCUGCAGGACCUCGUGGAGGGCAUGUUCAGAUUCCUGCGGCAACGGCGGGGCCACUUCAUCGAAGUCGGGGGCCUCGACCCGGUCAACCCAGACCCCUUGGAGAUCGGCAGACUCGCCGCCAUCGCCUGGCGGGGGCAGCCGCCAGCGGUGCGGCGGUGGCACCAGGCGGCCGCGAUGCUGAGCCACAAGGAGGCGGGCCUGCUGGGGCUGCGGACGGACUCGUCCGCGACCUCGCCCAAGGACGAGGCCGCGGACACCGUGGGAGAGCCGCUCUCCGACGGAGGCGGCAGCCCCUCGCGGGCGGCCGGCGCCGCGGCCGCGCGCAGGGGGGCCGCGCGGCCCUUGCGGCGAACGCGGCGG